GGUCGGAGAUGUACGUGGUGAAGCGAGACGGGCGGCAGGAGUCGGUCCACUUCGACAAGAUCACGGCGAGGCUGAAGAAACUGAGUUAUGGGCUGACCCAGGAGCACUGCGACCCCGUGCUCGUCGCCCAGAAGGUCUGCGCCGGCGUCUACAAGGGCGUCACGACUUCCCAGCUCGACGAGCUCGCCGCCGAGACCGCCGCCGCCAUGACCGCCAGCCACCCCGACUACGCCUCGCUUGCGGCACGGAUUGCGGUGUCGAAUCUUCACAAGAACACGAAGAAAUCGUUCUCGGAGACGAUUAAGGACAUGUACAACCAUUGUAACGAGAGAUCGGGGCUGAUGGCGCCGUUAAUAGCCGAUGAUGUGUAUGAGAUAAUUAUGAAGAAUGCUGCUUGCCUGGACAGUGAGAUAAUUUAUGACAGAGACUUCGACUAUGACUAUUUUGGUUUCAAGACUCUUGAGAGAUCCUAUCUCUUGAAAGUUUCUGGAAAGGUAGUAGAAAGGCCACAGCACAUGCUAAUGAGAGUUGCUGUUGGAAUCCACAAAGAUGAUAUCGAGUCUGUUAUCAGAACGUACCAUUUGAUGUCCCAACGUUGGUUCACUCAUGCUUCCCCAACACUAUUCAAUGCUGGCACUCCUAGGCCUCAAUUAAGCAGCUGUUUUCUUGUCUGCAUGAAAGAGGAUAGUAUUGAGGGAAUUUAUGAUACUCUGAAGGAGUGUGCUGUCAUAAGCAAAUCCGCAGGAGGAAUUGGUGUUUCUAUUCACAACAUUCGUGCAACUGGGAGUUACAUUCGUGGGACAAAUGGGACUUCUAAUGGGAUUGUUCCUAUGCUGCGAGUGUUUAAUGAUACUGCUCGUUAUGUUGAUCAAGGGGGUGGCAAGAGGAAGGGUGCAUUUGCUGUAUACUUGGAGCCAUGGCAUGCUGAUAUUUUUGAGUUUCUUGACCUUCGGAAGAACCAUGGAAAGGAAGAACACCGUGCAAGAGAUCUCUUUUAUGCACUCUGGGUUCCUGAUCUCUUCAUGGAACGAGUCCAGGACAAUGGACAGUGGUCAUUGUUUUGCCCUAAUGAAGCUCCAGGUCUAGCUGAUUGCUGGGGUAGUGAGUUUGAAACUCUCUACAUGAAAUAUGAAAAAGCGGGAAAGGCAAAGAAAGUUGUUACAGCUCAGAACCUCUGGUUUGAGAUUCUGAAGGCUCAGAUAGAAACUGGGACGCCGUACAUGCUUUUCAAGGACACUUGUAAUAGAAAAAGCAACCAACAGAAUCUGGGGACGAUCAAGUCUUCAAACUUGUGUACUGAGAUUGUUGAGUUCACUAGUCCUACUGAAACAGCUGUGUGCAACUUGGCAUCCAUUGCUUUGCCACGCUUUGUGAGGGAGAAGGGGGUUCCAAUCGAGUCUCACCCUUCUAAACUGGUAGGCAGCAGUGGGUCGAAAAACAGAUACUUUGACUUCGAUAAGCUAGCUGAGGUUACUUCGAUUGUUGCAUCAAACCUCAAUAAAAUAAUUGAUGUCAAUUUUUAUCCAGUUGAAACCGCAAAAAGAUCAAAUAUACGGCAUCGACCAAUCGGCAUAGGAGUUCAGGGCUUAGCAGAUACAUUUAUCUUACUUGGCAUGCCAUUUGAUUCCCCUGAGGCUCAACAACUAAACAAAGAUAUAUUUGAGACUAUAUAUUACCAUGCCUUAAAAUCUUCUGCCGAGAUUGCUGCAAAAGAAGGUCUUUAUGAGACAUAUGAAGGAAGCCCUAUCAGCAAGGGAAUCCUUCAACCUGACAUGUGGAAUGUGACGCCAUCAGGCCGAUGGGAUUGGCCGGCUCUUAGGGAAUUGAUCUCUAAGAAUGGAGUGAGGAACUCGCUUCUGGUUGCUCCUAUGCCAACUGCUUCAACUAGCCAGAUUCUUGGCAACAAUGAGUGCUUUGAGCCCUAUACAUCUAACAUCUAUAGUCGCAGGGUUCUGAGUGGAGAGUUUGUUGUAGUGAACAAGCACCUCCUGCAUGACUUGACCGAGAUGGGUCUUUGGUCUCCAAUUCUCAAGAACAAGAUAAUUUAUGAAGACGGCUCUGUUCAAAAGAUUUCUGAAAUACCAGAUAAUCUAAAAGCAAUUUACAAAACGGUGUGGGAGAUCAAGCAAAAAACACUAGUGGACAUGGCUAUUGAUCGUGGAUGCUACAUCGAUCAAAGCCAGAGCCUUAACAUCCACAUGGAUCAACCUAACUUUGGAAAACUAACAUCUCUGCACUUCUACGCUUGGUCCAAGGGUCUAAAAACUGGCAUGUACUACCUGCGAACCCGUGCUGCUGCUGAUGCUAUCAAGUUUACUGUGGAUACGUCUCUUCUCAAGGAUAAGAAACCAGCAGAGGAAGAGGAUGUUGAAGCCAAGAUGGCACAAGUUGUUUGUUCCUUAAACAAUCGAGACGAGUGCAUUGCAUGUGGAAGUUAAAUUCUACUGCAUAAGACCUUAUAUUCACAUAUCUGGCUUACCAGCUGAAGUAAUUGCACUCUUGGGGCUUACACCUGCAAGCUUUCCUGCCAAAAAAUUGGAUGUUAUGGGCUUAAAUAUACUGAUAACUGCACAUGUUCUAACCGUAUUGCUUCAAAACUUCUCAUCUGAAGUAGCACUGUAUAAAGCUUGCUUAUUUACAUAUUACUAGUAUGUCUUUUUGUGCUUGUAAAACGUGUUCAGUCCAGUGUAAAGAUACUAGUCGUUGUUCUAAUCGGCUUACUUUUACUAGCUAUUAUCUCCAUAGCUAGUAGAUUGAGAAA